UCUCCGCGUCUUCCUCGCAGGCCAGCCUAACCUCAGCCUGCAUUGCGCCCUCCCGGCCUAGGGUGUCGCUGUACCGGCCUCCGAGCUCCACACAGACAAGUCCAGCGCUCGGGCGGGGGCAGGAGACAGAGCGGAGCGGCGGGGGGCGGUGUCGCCUCUGUCUAGGGACGGCGGCGGAGUCGGUGGUCCCUGCGCGAUGGCCACCUCGGUGUUGUGCUGCCUGCGGUGCUGCAGAGACGGCGGGACUGGCCACAUCCCUCUGAAGGAGAUGCCGGCCGUGCAGCUGGAUACGCAGCACAUGGAUCUUUCCAGACGCCGACGGACUCCACCUGGGCCCGGUUCUGUGUUCAAGGCUGCGCAGCCCUUUCUGUGUCUGUCAUCGCGAGUGGGCGUGUGGACCUCCCAUUUUCCCAGGAACUCCGAGGGCUUCCUCCGGAGAUGUCACACGUCCCCAGGCGAGGGGGCGGAGAGUGCCCUCCUGCCGCGCCCCAGUCAAAACCUACACAUUUUCAGAAUGCUUCUAGGAACAGAUGUUGUUAUUGUAAAGAAUGGAAGAAGAAUAUGUGGAACAGGAGGUUGUUUAGCCAGCGCACCUUUACACCAAAACAAAAGCUAUUUUGAAUUCAAAGUCCAGUCCACAGGAAUCUGGGGUAUUGGUGUUGCAACUCAGAAGGUUAACUUGAAUCAGAUUCCUCUUGGCCGAGAUGUGCACAGUCUGGUGAUGAGAAAUGAUGGAGCCCUUUACCACAACAAUGAAGAGAAAAAUAGGCUGCCAGCAAACAGUCUUCCACAGGAAGGAGAUGUGGUGGGUAUUACAUAUGACCAUGUCGAGUUAAAUGUAUACUUGAAUGGAAAAAAUAUGCAUUGUCCAGCAUCAGGUAUACGAGGGACAGUGUAUCCAGUUGUUUAUGUUGAUGACAGUGCAAUUUUGGAUUGCCAGUUCAGUGAAUUUUAUCAUACGCCUCCACCUGGUUUUGAAAAAAUAUUAUUUGAACAGCAGAUCUUCUGAAUGUAUUUGUUUUUGAAACUUGUAUUUCUGCACUGUUAAAAAAUGUUUAUCAUUUAAUAAAACUUUACCUGGCCUAUAGAUGAAAAUAUAUUCUUAAAAAUAUGCUUGUUGAUGCUAAGGAACCAGUGUAUUCAGUAUACCACCCUGAAGUUGUGAUUUGAAAUACUUUAUGUUUUGUGAAAUGAAAAUAAGCAUUUGGGCAGUUUAUUUAAUUCUUAUUUAAAUAAAUAGAACUAUGGGUUUAAUUAACAGUAUAACAUGGCUAUAUAUACAUAUAUAUAUAUAUUUAAAGGGGACUCUUUCUUACAUAAUAUAUUUGUUUUGAUAGAGAUACAGAGUUGGGUGGGUGUUUUUGUCACUCUAAAGUGUAGACCUCAUUCAGUAUUUUAGGUCUGCAAUUGGAUAAUUUUGCCGCUUAGUGUCCUUUUUUAUAUACAAUAUAACAAAGUGAGAGAAAUUUAUGUUAUUGGCAAUUUUAUUUUUGGCAAUCUAUUUACUGUAUCAUGUACCACUUUCCUUAAAACUUAAAUUGCUUAUUUUGUUGUGUAAUGUCAUUGCUUUUGAUUUGCUUUGUGAAAGGAGAUAAACGUUUCAGUAAUUGUCAGAGCAUUUUAUUGCCUCAGGCUGUAUUACCUCAAUUUCAGAGUAAGUAGUGGUUGAUUAGUAAUGUAGUAUACACUGGCAGACAUCUAGAAUAGUAUGAUGCUUUAUAUUUAAAUGAGAUUAUUCUUUUAAGGACUUUUAUUUGUAUGUUUUCUGUAAGAAAUAAUAAAAUAAUUGUAAUUAAGGGAUAUGCCAUACUAUAUUAAACACAUUCUUCCUA